AUGACGCCUUCUCAAUUGGAUGACGAUGACUUCGAAGAGCCAAAAACAAUGGGGGUGAAAUUGGCUUUACCUGGUGGCAAGAAAGAUGAGGAAUUAAAUGUUGAAUUGGAGAGCAAGAUUGUCGAUGUUUCCAGCACAAUAGGAAGCGAAGAUGGACUGAGUGUGACGGGAAGUGAUCAUACAACACCCCUCCAUAGAAAUUCCUCCUCCAGCGAGGAGAGAAUAGCAUUCCUGGAGAAGGAACUCAAUCACUGGCGAACUCAGUAUGAGAUUCUAAAGAUCGAGGAUGGUCUAAUUGGCGCCAAAUUGCUCGGUAUGGCCAGUAAACCAGCUGAUAUGCUGACCAAAGGCCCGUCCAAUGGAGAAUCUGAUGCCACUACGAAGGAGCAACUGGUCUAUGGGCACCUCAGCAAGAAGAUUGAGGAACUCUUUAUGGUCAAAUGUCGGGCAGAAUCGAAAUUAUCUUCCUACAUGGCUGAAUGUGAGGGUCUGCAGAAUGCCUUUGAGAUCCUCAAUGCCGAAAUGCAAGAUAAUACACUGAAGCAAGAGGGGUCUCAGAGGAAACUGCAGAUCUUGGAGGAUGACCUAGUAACGACGAGAUGCAAUUAUGAGGAGCAAAUCACAGUUUUGACAGAGCAAAUCAUCAAUUUGAGCGAUCAUUUGGCGGCCAGGCGUUAAUUGGUACAUCCUACAUAUACAUGCUA